UCCUCUUCCGUCCUCCCCCCACCCUCCUCCUCGGUAGCCCAGAGGUAAAGUCCCAGCAGGGGCAGGAGGACCUCGAAACUUAUCACUCCUCAGACUGCGACUGUCGGGAGAGACUCACUCCUUCACUUCUCCCCAGGCUUGGGAUAUCCCAAGAGUCUGGGUGCAGCCAGCGGAGAAGAAAAGUUGCCCCCAAGAAGCUCGAACGGCUCCAGGAAGCAGGACUGGACUUUCGGGUCCUUUUGAUCAGCUGCUGCCUAGUGGGAGUCGGACCCCCGGGGGUGGAGGGUGGCAGAAGCUUCCCCAAGUCGUCUGCUGGUCUCGGGCUCAUUUCGGGGAAAUGAGGAAGCCAGACGUGAAGAUUGUGCUGCUAGGGGACAUGAACGUCGGCAAGACCUCGCUGCUGCACAGGUACAUGGAGAGGCGCUUCCAAGAAACUGUCAGCACGGUCGGGGGAGCCUUCUACCUGAAGCAGUGGCGCUCCUACAACAUUUCCAUCUGGGACACUGCAGGAAGGGAGCAGUUCCAUGGUCUUGGCUCCAUGUACUGCCGAGGAGCUGCUGCUAUCAUCCUCACCUACGAUGUGAACCACGUGCAGAGCCUCAUCGAACUGGAAGACAGGUUCUUGUCUCUGACAGACACAGCCAGCGCAGACUGUCUGUUUGCCAUCGUGGGGAACAAGAUUGAUCUCAUCGAUGAGGUCGAUGGGGAAGAUGGUGCGAAAGGUGUGAAUGACCCUGGAAAGGCCGUCAGCAGCCGUGACUCAGCCCGAGCGCCUAAGCGAGUUUGCCUGGAUGAUGCCAUGGCUCUUUAUAAGAAGAUUCUGAAAUACAGAAUGUUAGAUGAAAAGGAGGUGCCAGCUGCUGAAAAGAUGUGCUUUGAGACUAGUGCAAAGACAGGCUACAACGUGGACCACGUGUUUGAAACUCUGUUUGAUAUGAUGGUACCGAUAAUUUUGCGCCAGAGAGCUGAGGCACCUUCACAGACUGUGGAUAUUACUAAUUAUAAACCAGCAAAACGGACCCAGUCUAGGUGUUGUGUCUGAACCAUAAAAUGUGUUCUUUUUAGACUCUUAAACUGUUAAAAAGCUUCCAGUGAAAUUAAUUGAGCUUUGGAUAGGAAAAAUAAAUAAACAUGGGAGAAAUCAAGGAUCUGGUAUUUAGAAUCAUGUUUGGGGAAGAGCUCCACAGAGAGACAGCUAUUCAUUAAGAAAAAAAAGUCACCAAGGAUGUGAACUCUUAUCUUUUAUGGGUUAUCAAGUGGAAAAUCUGUAAGGAAUUAUUUGUGAUCAUAGAUUUGCAGUAUUAGGCAAUUGACCGUUCCAUGAUUUUCACCUCAUGGUAGAUCCAACACUUCUUCCCUAAACCAGGCUCUGAGAUCUCGCCCCACACUUGCACAAAUGCAAGUCUGUUGCCAUGGUAUGUGAAUUGUCCUUGAAUCUUCUGUUUCUGUCAAGUCGCACUUUUUUUAUAAGUUGUUUUAAAACAUUUAUUCCCCCUGUAAUUUAAUUUAGGCCUUCCUUGCUAUUUGGUGUGAGUACUUUUUAUGAAUUACGAACGUGAUUGUACUUGUCCUCGGCCCACUGAGACAGUUGUUAGAUGAAUGGUUCCCAUCUUUGUCCUGCCAUCUUGAGAAGUGGACAGACCACUUGGUUCUCAAAAGAUACCAUGAGAUUGUCUGGGGAAAAGGGAGACGAAAAAAAAAGUUCCUAUUUUCCUAGAAACUCCUUUGAAGACUAUGAGUAUGAACCCCUUGCUGGAAGAGAGUAGUAGAGAGAAAAACACAUCUGAGACCUGUACAGAUGGAAACCAUAUAGAUCUAAUGAGUUGAAAAUGUUUGAUUUGAAUUUGGGGAGGUACACAACUGUUGAAACAAACACCUAAAAUCCCUGUAUCAUGUUGAAACACACAUGGAUACGAGUUUCUGAGCAAUUGGAUCAGUUUUUGUUAAACUUUUCUUUAAGGAAAGAUGUGGUUUUAAGAAGCAACUGUGACUUGGGUCUGUUUAUCAUUGACACUCCUGAAUAAAGAUGUACCAUUGCUAA